AUGGCCCCGUCAUCAUCGUCAUCCUCAAUGGAGAAGCCGUCUGAGACGGCUACUCUAGUGGAGAUGGUCGGCAUAAAGAACAGAAGCGGUGAUCGUAGCAGCAAAGAUGAGCCAAAGGCGUCGGUGGAGGUCAGUGGGCGGGAGGUGCUCGGCGACACGGGGUCUUCUCGAUAUGAGGACGACGGCUCGGGUAUAACCGUGCUUAGUCGGGACAAGCCCCCCGUGGACGACAUCAAAGAGCGCCUCUCUAUGUGGGGUGAGUCUAGUUCCCGCACUCCGUAUGGUGAUGAAUAUGAAGGAGAUGAAGGAUCAGAAUACGAACUUCUCCUAGACCCGAAUCUGCCCGACGAUUACAGUACGGCUGCGACAAACCGAUCCGAUCCCGAGAGGUCUUCGGCGGACAAGGAGAUCAGCACAGAAGAGGAUUCGCCCUACCCGGAGGUGCGGGCGGCAGUUCGAAACUAUGAUGAAGAUUUGCCUUGCAACACGGUUCGUGCCUGGACCAUCGGGCUGUUCCUGGUCGUCAUCGGAGCCUCGAUGAACACGCUCUUUUCUCUCCGAUCUCCCUCCAUCAGUCUCAGCUCCCUCAUUGCCCAGAUCAUCGCCUGGCCCCUUGGUCACGGCUGGGCAAAGGUGAUGCCCAAACGCAAGUUCAGCUUCUUCGGCAUCCCCUGGUCCCUCAAUCCCGGUCCUUUCAACAUCAAGGAGCACACCAUCAUUGUGGUCAUGGCCGGAGUGUCGUUCAGUGUAGCCUACGCCACAGACAUCAUCCUUGCACAGGUUGUCUUCUACAAGCAAGACUUUGGUAUCGCGUGGCAGCUCAUGCUCAUGAUCUCGACCCAGUCUCUGGGCUACGGCAUCGCGGGUAUGAUGCGCAAAUUCCUGGUCUAUCCUGCGUCCAUGAUCUGGCCCGCGAACCUGGUUGGCGUGACCUUGAUGAACGCCAUGUACGAGAAGCCGCCGCCAAACGACCCGACCAUCAUCGGCGGUUCCAUGCCACGCUACCGGUGGUUUGGCAUCAUAACCCUGUGCUCCUUUGUCUACUACUUUAUCCCGGGAUUCUUGGCCCAGUUCUUGAGCAUAUUCGCCUUUGCCACCUGGAUAGCUCCCCAGAACCCCGUUGUCAACCAGCUCUUUGGAGGUUUGACGGGUUUGUCUCUGAUUCCCAUCACUUUUGACUGGUCACAAAUCGUCGGUUUCGUCGGCUCGCCCAUGAUCCCGCCCUGGUACGCCAUCGCCAACACUCUUAUCGGUGUCGUUCUUUUCUUUAUCAUCCUCGCAUCCGGUCUGCACUACACCAACACAUGGUAUGCAGACUUUCUGCCAAUCAGCGACUCUAGCACUUACGAUAACACUGGAUCUCCAUACAAUGUCACCCGCGUUAUCACCAAGGACUUCACCCUCAGCGAGGAGGCAUACAAGGCAUAUUCGCCGCUGUUCCUGAGCACCACCUUUGCUCUGACGUACGGGCUCUCCUUCGCAGCCAUUGCAUCCCUAAUUGUCUACACUUAUCUGCAUCACCGCAAGACAAUCUGGCUGCAGUACAAGAAUGCAACCAAUGAAGCCGAGGAUAUCCACAUGAAGUUGAUGCGCAAGUAUGUCGAGGCUCCUACAUGGUGGUACAUGAUACUCUUUGCUAUUAUGUUGGUUAUCGGCUUUGUCACGGUACUUGCGUACCCGACCAACAUGUCCUGGUGGUCCUUUUUACUCGCUGUCGCAAUAUCCUUUGCGUUUUCGCUUCCCAUCGGCAUUAUUCAAGCUGUUACGAACAACCAGAUCGGUCUUAACGUGUUGACUGAGUUCGUAUACGGUUAUAUCCAGCCUGGCCGCCCCUUGGCUCUUAUGAUUUUCAAGACUUUUGGCUACAUCACCAUGUCCCAAGCCUUGGGCUUUGUCGGAGACCUCAAAUUCGGCCAUUACAUGAAGAUCCCUCCGCGGACAAUGUUCAUGUGUCAGGUUGUGGCCACAACCUUUUCAUGCUUCAUCCAAAUUGCAGUUCUCAACUUUGCUCUGAAGCACAUAGACGGCGUCUGCACGCCGACUCAAGCUGAGCGCUUUACUUGCCCAGGUGGCAAGGUCUUUUUCUCAGCAUCCGUCAUUUGGGGCCUUAUCGGUCCGGCCCGUAUGUUCUCGCCCGGCCAGAUCUACUCCAGCCUGAUGAUCUUCUUCGGCAUCGGCGCCGUGGUCCCUGUCAUGAUCUACUUUUACGUCCGCAAGUGGCCCAAGUCCCCUGCGAGGUUCCUCAUGUCUCCCCUCAUCUUUGGCGGUAGCGCGGCUAUCCCGCCCGCCAGCCCCCUCAACUACCUCACCUGGGGCAUCGUCGGCUUCGUCUUCCAGUACCUAAUCAAGAAGAGACAUUUCAACUGGUGGAGCAGACUCAACUUCCUUACCAGCUCGGGAUUGGAUCUCGGCCUUGGCCUCGCAACCCUCGUCAUCUUCUUCGCCUUUACGCUCAACAACAUCAACCCGCCAAAGUGGUGGGGCAACGACAUCGUCCAGACCACGAUGGAUUUCACCGACACGGCUGUGAGGAAACACGUGGCCGAGGGGCAAAUCUUUGGACCUAGGACUUGGUAG